AUGAGCAACAUACCAUUGUUCAAGUCCUUCGCCGUCAUCGGUGCGGGGGGAAACAUCGGCAAAUACGUCGUUGAGGCAACCGAAAAUGCGAACGUCCUCGUCCUCACUCGGCCCUCUUCUACGGCAGCGAACGCGCCUGGCACGCAAGUCGAACGCGUUGACUACGCCGAUACGGACGCUGUCGCGGCAGCGCUGACGAAGCACCGCGUAGAGGUCGUGGUUUCGGCUGUCGGUUUCGAGGGACACGCAUCUCAGGGUCUGCUCGCGCAGGCUGCGGUGAAGGCGGGCGUUCAGCUGUUUGUCCCGUCGGAGUUUGGUGUGCCGUCGUAUGGCGCGACUGAGGGGAUUCUUGGGGAGAAGAGCCAUUUUGUCGACAUCUUGAAGCAGCUCAGGCUGCCUUACCUGUGCUUAUAUACGGGCAUUUUCACUGAGUUCUUCCCUGGACUGGUCAACGUUGAGUCGGGAAAAUACAUGAUAGCUGCGGAAGGCAAGACGCCGUUCUCGACGACUGCGAUGAGCGAUAUUGGAGGAUAUCUAGCACACGUCCUCACGUCACUUCCAACGUCCGAACUCAAGAACCACGUUCUCCGUAUCGAGGGCGACCGCGGCUCGCUCCUUUAUUUUGCGAAGCUGUACGAAGGCAGAGCUCCCGUCGCCCGGGUUGAGAAGCUCCCGGAGGAUGCGCCACAUUCGGAAUUAUCCACUUUUCUCCACAAGCGCUUCGACACUGGCGCGGGGAGCACGCGUUGGGAUAUACCGUCUGGCAGGGAGAUCGAAGGUCCGAAUGCGAACGGGCUGUGGGAGGGGCAUAAGUGGAAGUCUGUGAAAGAUGUGCUCGAUUUGUGA